AUAAUCAACAUUCCAGAUCCUUCUACAGCCUUUACCAAUCUCAGUUCUGUGGGCUCCCGACGCCACUGCCACCAACAUCCUUAUUAUAUCUCCCAGACCAAUCUCUUCUGUUUCAUUCAUUGAUUUAUUGGACUGGACGGGUCUUUUUUGCUUUCUUCAAGGUCUUUACUUCCUCCAAAGCUUCUCCUUUUGUCCGGAAACUCUAAAGUUUCCAUGGCUUCUGAAACAGAAGCACCUGAAAUUUCUUCUUUGUUUGAAAGGUUGUUGAGGCACAGGGACCUCUAUUUGUUUCUACCUUUUGUCUUGGGAUUCUCCAGCAACAACUCUAACAAUAAUGUUUCAAGAGAAAACCCUGAAGACCCAGAUCAAGAAUCACCCCUUGAAACAACUUCCCAGCGUGAAAGAAUAAUCCUUAUAAAUCCAUUCACUCAAGGCAUGGUGGUGAUUGAUGGAGCUUCAAAUUUGGAAGCUUUGCUACGAAGCUGGGUAAACAAGGAUGGCCAGCCACCUGCUUCAAAGACAUCCAUAGAGGCCAUGCCAAGUGUGGAAAUUGGUGAAAGUGAAGAUGGAGAGUGUGUGGUUUGCUUGGAAGAGUGGAGGCCUGGUGAGGUGGCAAAGGAGAUGCCCUGUAAGCACAAGUUUCAUGGAGAGUGUAUAGAAAAGUGGCUUGGGAUUCAUGGGUCUUGCCCUAUUUGCAGGUACAACAUGCCUGUUGAUGAACAAGAGAUGGGCAACAAGAGAGAUGAGGAAAGGAGAAGAUUUGGGAGGGAGGUUUGGGUUAGUUUUUCUUUUAAUAGUGAUAGGAGAAGUGGAGAUUCUAAUCAAGUUCCUUCAACUGAUUCUAAUGAUGUCUCCUCUUUAAGUCCUAGGCCUGAUGAUCAUGAAAUGGAGGGUUAGAAGAAUUGUGAUUUUAAUCCCCUGAUAUCUUCCUAGCAUUAAGAGGGUCGCCAUUGGAUUUGUGCCUGGUGAUUCCAGGAAAGUUGAGCCAUCCACAACUCUCAAUCCCUUAACUCCAUAAACCUUGUAGUCAUCGUCCACAACCGACCCA